CCGGGACAAAAUAUUUCACUCACGGGAACCUGAGCCUGUCAUCUCGUCAUCUGGCAAUCGUUCAGCCCAUCAUUGACAUCAUGGCCAAUCUCGAGUUGGCGCACCCAUCGCGCAAGAUCUUGCUGGUGGUGACGACGGGCGGAUUCACGCAUGCUAGCCCUGUCUUUGAAAUUGGCGGCGUUCUCGCUGCAAGAGGCCAUACCGUCGAGUUUGCUACACUCGACGGUCAAGACGGCUGGACUAAGGACUAUGAGUUCAUCACGAAAGUCCACUCCCUUGGUCCGGGCCCGACCUCGGAGCAGAUGAAUGCCCACUAUCUGCGCAUGCGAACGUGGGAUAUCUCCAAGGGCAUUAGCGGAACCAUGCCCAGCAAAUAUCUCUGGGACUCGUUUUGGCCGCAGACGUACCGGGGACUGAAAGCCAUCAUGGACGACCCUGACACGAGGCCGAGCAUGAUGAUUGCUGACUUCUUCGUCGACGCUGUCAAGGAUAUCCACGUCGAGUAUAAUCUGCCCAUCGCCCAGGUUUGGCCGCAGAUGCCCUUCUUGAUGAUGCCUUGCUCUUACAUCCCUGGCGAACCGGGCUUCCAGCUCGAGGGAACCCUUACCUCUGAGAAUGCAAGCAUUUGGUUGCGAAUGAGGAAUGAACUUGUCAUCUACUUUGACUUGCCUGUCAUCAUGAAAUGGAUGCGGUGGACCAAGCAGAUGCGCCUAAAGAACGGUGUCACAUACCCGACUCACCGAAUCCAAAAGCCCGACUACCUCAUCUUCAUCAACUCGUUCCUAGGCCUGGAAAUCCCGCGUGACCUACCUCCUACCUGCGCCCCUAUUGGACCCUUGAUCCGUGAUACCUAUCCCCCGCUGAAUGAGGAGUGUCACCAGUUCCUGUCCCAGCACACCAAGGUCAUCUACAUCGCCUUGGGCACGCACAUUAUUCUUACCAACGCCGAUGCAGCUAAGAUUAUCAACGGCCUCCUGCGCCUUAUGGAGGAGGGUUUGAUCGAUGGUGUAAUUUGGUCCAUUGGCAAGAGUGGCCGCCAGGAUUUCGACCUCAAUACGACCUACAACAUGAAAAAGCCGUCUGGGGGCAACAAGACGAUCCGUCUAAGCGAUCUUCUCUCAGGCAAGGACCCGAACUGGCUCUGUUCUUUCUUCGUCCCCCAGCGUUCUAUCCUCGACCACCCUUCCACAAAGAUCUACUUUACACAUGGAGGUGGCUCUAGCGCUAAUGAGGGUCUCUUCCACGGCGUGCCCAUGCUGUCGAUGGGUGUAUUUAUGGAUCAGAUCUCCAACACAACGCGCUUGGUCGCGGGGGGCGUUGCUCAGCCGUUGAAUAAGUUCCGCUUCACCUCAGAGGAGCUCUACACCAAAGGCAAGGAGAUUCUGGCAGACAAAGACGGGAGUUACCAGCGGAAUUCUCUGCGGUUGAUGCGCAUUGCCCAUGUUGCUUCCAGGCGAAAGCACCAUGCCGCGGAUUUGGUUGAAGAGCUCAUGUACGACACCGAGCUGAGAUUCAAGGAUGGAAAGGAACUCAGGCCCAUGCAUUUACAGACGGCGGAUAUGCGGAUGCCAGCAUGGAAGGCAAAGAAUUGGGAUCUAUGGGCUGUCAGCCUCCUGGGUAUGAGUGCUGUCUUCGGGGGAUUGGGAAUUGGCGGGCGGAUGUUGUGGUUCCACCGAGGUGGGUUGAUAGAGUCGGUCAAAGCACUUGGAAAUUCAGAGUGGUUGAGGAAUUUGGCCAAGUAGAUCUAGGUAGAUCUGCUUUCACUUUUGGUUGAAGUCCGUGGAUGUUUUGUAUCCAGACUGGACUCACAAUAGCUAGGAUAUUACUCACUAUCUACUCAACUCACAGAAAAGUGCGAAAUCAUAGUAUAUUUGACCUUGAACGUAACGGUAGAAAUGAAUGGAACAUUGUAUACGUAGC